AUGGCUGUCCUCAAACCCCUCGUGAAGCUCAAGAUCGUCAAAAAGACCAAGAAGUUCAACCCACACCGGUCAGACCAAUAUGUCAAAAUUAAGCGGGACUGGCAGAAAUCCAGAGGCACUGACAACAGGGUGCGCAGGAAAUUCAAGGGCCAGAUCUUGAUGCCCAACAUUGGUUAUGGGAGCAACAAGAAAACAAAGCUCAUGCUGCCCAGUGGCUUCCAGAAGUUCCUGGUUCACAACUUCAAGGAGCUUGAAGGGCUGCUGAUGUGAAACAAAUCUUACUGUGCUGAGAUUACCCAAGAACUCAAAGCCACUGUGGAAAGAGCAGCCCCGCUGGCCAUCAGAGUCGCCAAUCCCAACGCCAGGCUGCACAACAAAGAAAAUGAAUAG